CCGCGUAAUCUUCCGCAGUUGGCAGAGACGUCGAAGUGGUCACCGGUGCUUUAGAGCUGUACCUACACAGGAUUUCUUUCUCGAAGCUGUAACAAUUUUGAAAAAGCUAUUAGACGAAAAAUAAAAGGAUAAAAAAAAAAAAGCUGCGAUUUAUAAUUACAUUAAAACAAGGGGAAACCCAUUAACAAGAAUAUUAACAAAGAAAAUAAACAACAGCAAUCAUGACUUCCAUAGGGAAAACCAGCGUAUACAAGAGAACGAGGGGGGUAAAUAUGCCCCACGGUUCAGUGCAUCAACGUUAUUCUCGUUCGUCCGCUACAAUCCCUUUAAGUUUUCAAAAUGGAGUCGCGAGUUCGAUUUCUCACAAAGGUGUCGUUGACAUUAGGUCCAACAGAGAAAAGGAGAGGAAGGAGAUGCAAGAUUUGAACGAAAGGUUUGGCAACUACAUCGAAAGGGUCCGUUUCCUUGAAGCCGAAAAUACUGCUUUGAAAGAGGCUUUGAAGAAGUCCAAACGGGAUUUUAACAUUGAGCCAAUUAAGGCGAUGUACCAAGCUGAGAUUGACGAGACCAAGAAACUUCUGGAUGACUCCACAAAUGAAAAUGGCAGUCUUAAGGCUCGUAUCGGGACUUUGGAAGACGAGCUGGAUGACUUACGAGUUCAAUUACGUCAUCUCACUGAUGUGAAUGACCAACAGCAAAGCACUAUUGAGACUCUCAAUGAUGACAUCUCUCGACGUGUUGCUGACUGCGAAAUGCUGAGAAGGAAGGUUCAAGAACUCGAGAAACAACUCGCUGACUGGAAAGCUAGACACGGCAAUUUGGAAGGUCAACUUCAUCAAGUUAGAUUGGACUUGCAAGAGGAAACUGCCCAACGCAUGGCUGAAACCAAUCGUGCUCAUUCAUUGGAAGAUGAACUGAACUUCCUCAGAGAGGUCUCUGAAGCUGAAAUCAAAGAGUAUCGAGCCCUUCUCUCCAAGGACAAUAGCAUUCCUGACAUGCGAGAAUACUGGACUACGGAACUCGGCAACUGCCUGAAAGAAAUCCGCCAAGAAUUUGAAGGUCAACUGGAGGGAAUGUCUGCUGCCAUGGAGGCUAGGUACCAAUCCGAGAUGAAUGAAAUGCGUUUGGGUGCAUCGAAAGGAAACGCUGAAUCAGCACAUAUGAGCGACGAGAACAAAAGACUUCGUUCUCAGAAGAAUGAUCUGGAGGCCAAACUUCUCGACUGCCAGGCUCAGAUCGCCCAACUAACAUCUCAACUGAGAGCAUUACAGAGCGAAUUUCAAUCAGUUUCUGCGGAUUUGGAAAGCGAGAAAAGCGAACACAGAGCCGACGUUGAGAGACUCAAUGCCGAGCUUGAAGCGAUGAUCAAAGAACUCCGAGAUCUGAUGGAUGCCAAACUGUCUUUGGAACUCGAGAUUGCUGCUUAUCGUAAACUGCUGGAAGGAGAAGAAAACAGACUUAGUCUUGGCAGUGUGGUUCAGUCAAUUGGCGGUUAUCAGAGUCAUUCGGAAGAGGCAUUAGCUAAUGCUCUGCAACAAAGGGCUUCUUCAGGUUUCCACACACCUGAAACUGGUAAAAUCACCAUCAACCGAACUGCUAGCGGAACCGUUUCGAUCGCAGAAGUAGAGCCAAACGGAAAAUACGUUCAAAUAACAGAAAGCUCAAAGGUGGGAAGGGUAAGAUUAGGAAUGCAUUGCUGUGCACGCAGUAACUGCUUUUUGUGUGUAAUCUUCAACUCCGUGUAUAACACACCCUUUGGUAUUGUCACGCUUUUGUUCUUUUAACAAUUCUAACACCCA